CAAAGGUGACAUAGUCCCUAACGUUAGUCCGAAAAUGACUUGUUGAGAAGAGGAAAACAAUACACACUUUUAACACAACGGAACAUCAUGUAGGCAGAAGACAGCAGCUGAAACGAGUGGUUAUUCGUCAAAUAACGAUGUCAUCUUGCAAACUUGUUGAUAUCAGGAAGCAUGCGUUAAAUACAGGAACUCUUUGGUUGAGUUUUAGCGGUUGGAGAAGCGAGACAGAAGUUAUUAGUAGUUAUAGUUUAUUUAAAUAGUUUACGCUUCUGGACUGGACCUGCAGCGAAUCUUAUAUCUUAAAAGUGCAACAGGUUGGAAGAUGGUCUCGUGGAUUAUAUCUAGGGUCAUCGUUCUUGUGUUUGGAACGCUGUAUCCUGCGUACUACUCCUUUAAAGCCGUCAAAUCCAAGAAUGUCAAAGAAUAUGUGCGAUGGAUGAUGUACUGGAUUGUGUUUGCUCUUUACACAGUAGUGGAGACCAUCACAGACCUUUCUUUGGCUUGGUUUCCAGUUUACUACGAACUGAAAAUGGCUUUUGUCUUUUGGUUGCUCUCUCCCUACACCAGAGGAGCCAGUGUCCUCUACAGGAAGUUCCUACACCCUAUGCUGGCAUCCAAGGAAAGGGAGAUUGACGAAUAUAUCGUCCAGGCCAGAGAGAAGAGCUAUGAUACUGUGGUGAAUUUUGGGCGGCAGGGUCUCACGAUUGCAGCUGCUGCUGCCGUCUCGGCUGCUGUGAAGGGACAGGGUGCCAUUAGUGAACGUCUGAGGAGUUUCAGUAUUCCAGACCUGACGCAGGUCCCUUCUGAACAAUCAGCAUUCUCCAACCCCAGCCGACGGGCCCUCCAGCCUGCUCACCCUAGCGCUGCUGAUUCUGAGCGAGAUAAACAAGCAGGGGAGGGGCAUGAGGAGGAAACAGAUGGAGUGUGCUCCGAAGACGAGGCGUCGGUGCAGAAGGGUCUACGCAGAUCUCAGAGUGUGAAACUCGCCCGUGCCAAAGCAGCACGCAAAGAGCCUCACUAUGGCUCUCUGAAGCUGAAACCCAGAAGGCGGCAAUUGAUUACAUCAUCCACUUUUGACCACCCUUGAUUGUCCAACACAAACCGACAGAUGGGAUCAGCAUCAAAACUGCAGUCUAAUCCUGGGUUUAAAACUGCUCGUUUAAUCCUAAACUUUGGAUUAAUUCUAAUGUUCUUUGAAAGCAGCACUAAACACAAAACUACAACUAGAAACAGACUUACAGCAUGAAUAAUAACUUUUACAUUUAUUAAUUUUUAGUAGAUGGUUUUUACAAAGUGAUUUACAGAUGAAAAAUACAGCAGUAUAAGCGACAGUGAUGGAGAAUGUUGAAUAGAGAAUUGCAUGUGGCUUUAUUUGUUCAUAGAAAAAAUACCAAAGCCUAAUAUGAGUACAGGAAGACUAAGAAUGUAGUAAAAAUGAAAUGGAUCUGAGUGCAUCUGAUCUGUACCUGCCUCUGUAGAGACAUCUCUUAUUACACAUAGCGUCGUCACAGAAGCAACGAUAUCUGUAGUGUCCUCCGUCUCCCUCUACAGGGACAGGUGUCAAAGUCUAAAGUUUUAACAGAAAUUAAAUAGAGCAGAAAAAAAUAUCUGACUUAAAAAAAAAAAAAAAAAAGAGAGAGAGAGAAUGCAUGUUAGCUGUUUUUUGUGUAUGCAUAGAUGUAUCGGCUUGUUCAUGUUUACAUUUCCAUAGUUUUGCUCAGAAUGAAAGUUCUGUCAUCAUUUAUUCUCCCUCAUAUCAUUUCAAACCCAUAUUAAUUUAUUUUUUCAAUGGAAUGCAAAAGGCAUAUUUUUGAAGAAUAUCCUGUAUGCAAUUUUCUAUAUAAUUUAAAGUGAAUUAGGGAAUCUGCCUGUCAAGCAAGCUCCAAAAUGACAGAUAAAGAACACCAAAGCAUCAUAAAAAGUAUGAUACAAAGUAUCAUAAAAAUCAUAAUUGACUACAUACAUCAAUCAAAAUUAAAUUAAAAAAAAUGUAAGUAAUUUUUCUCAGUUCAGUAUUAUUGCAUUUUGUCUUUGCUCUGUGAAGUCAACAGUUAUUUACUCAUGAACUUCCCUGAUAUUCUAAAAUGGAAUUCUGAAAGUUCAGAAAUUGCAUGUUAACAACAAACUCCUUUGGUUCAUUGUAGAACUACAGUGUAAGGGAAGAUUUUCAGUCAAUUUUAACAUUCCAAAGAAUACAUACAGGUUUGAAAUGACAUGAAAAUUAGUAAAUAUUUUUUUUCUAGGUGAACUAUGCCUUUAACUUUUACAUUUGUUAUGGAAUUAUGUAACUGUAAUCUUAAAUUGUUGCUUUUAAGUAACAGUUAAAAGCAGUUUCAAAAUACAUUUCUUAAGUUUAAAUGUCUUAGGGUUGUAUUUAAAAAAAAUGCAAUCCAUUUUAGAGUAAUGUACAUUAAUUUUAAUCAUGUUUGUUUGUUAGUCUGUCAUUCUAGCCUCAAUAAAUAAUUUCAGCCUUAAUAACAAAUUUUAAUAACAACACAACAGCACUAAUUAGUUCGUCAUUUGACCAAAACACUCAAAGUGUGACAGGAGAGUGAAUCUGACUAGUUUACAGAAGGCUUUGCUGUUAGUACUAUACAUGUGUACACAGUGGGAUGAUUUUCCCUGAUUUGAAAAUGUUAGUGUUUUGUGUUAAGUGUGUGGGAAAAAGGAUUCCUCUAAGGAUUUGGUUUCUUAGUGUGUUUUGUGCAAUAGAGGAAACCUGUUGAUUAUGGAUAUGUAUACAGAUGUGUGACCAACAGUUAUUUUGAAUGUGUUCGUUUUAAAACAAAGUUUAUUUUCUUUGACCUUGGAACAGGUCACAGAAAACCUCAAAAUAUCAGGGAAUCUUGAAAGGCCUGGAAAGGUCAUAAACUUUGAAAACGUGAGAGAAAGGUGGACAUUUCUUUAAAGAAAAUGUAUGUUUCUGGGUUUCUCUGCUUUAAGCUAUUUCAUGGGCUAGACAUUACUCUUUAUGUGUGCUGCAAAGUCAAAUGAAACAUCAGUCUGUCUUUUGAGAGUCCUUGGAGACAGGACUAAUAAUAAAACACUAAAUAUAUUUUUCUAAACCAGUGUAAUCUUUUAAAUCCAUUAACUCCUAAAUGAGUACCUGUCUGAUGUGCCAAAACGUCUGCUUUAAUUAUUAUCCUGUAUUGUCCUGAACAACCAGAUGGGAAACACUCGUGGAAAUUCACUGGACAAAAUGUAAAGGAACGUUGUGUUUUUAUACAGAUUAGGACACCAUUUAGCAGUACAGACGCCAAUCAGUUAUAAUCAUAAGCUCCUCUAGGUCUGUUGGUUAAUAAAAUAAAUGCUUUGUGUAUUA